AUGGGACUUGAACAACGAUGUGGUCGGAAAAUGGCUUUAUUCCACGGAGCCAACAUCGGACGACGGAAAUCGUCUGAUAGAUCUUUGCGAACAAACGAACCUCAUUACUGUAUCCACAUUCAAGAGGAGUCAUCGACGCCAUCAGCUUACGUGACAAGACACAUCCUCAUGCUUGAAGAUCAGCGAAAGCGGAAGAUGUCGACUCUUAAGCUCGAUUACGUUCUGACAAAGCAAGACAACACCCCUAGAGAUCGGAAGAUCUGGAGCGGUCUGGGACAUCGCAUUCGAUUCCGACCACCGCUCAGUUCUUCUCAGCUUUAUGGUACGGUUCCUGAAAAAGAUCGAUAUCAAACGAAGUUCGACCAGGCAGAUCUGAAAAAAACAUGGAAUGCAGAAAGAAGCUUCGCCAACAAGUGA